AUGGCUAACUUGAAUUUUUCUGAGAGCCACAAGAUUGUUACAUACUUAUUCGAUCCUCCAGUGGGACAUCAAGAGUUUAGUUCCAUGGUUCAUGGACUUAGAAAUUGCAAACUUUCUCAUGCUUUUCAAUCGAAUCCCAUCAUUUAUCAGGAGUUAGUAAGGCAAUUUUGGGACAAGGCUUCAUUUAAUGAAGGAGAAAAUGGAGAAAUCACAGUGGAAUCCGUUAUCCAAGUAAGAAAGAUUGUGGUGUCUGAACAGAUUAUUCGCAAAGUGCUACUAUUUAAGGACCAGCAAGGAUUUCCAAUUGAAAUUCCUAUGGAUAAGACCGAAGAGAUUCUUCAUAGAAUGGGCUAUGAAGAAGUGUUACCUCCUACAUUAGAGAAGUUGUUGCCACCGUAUUAG